GAAAGCAACUGAACUGCAAACCGAUACAGUCAAUUAACCUCAACACUAUCUGUAAAAUGCGUGCAUUUUUGAUCCUGUGCUCCGUCGUCUCUGCUGCAUACGCCGCAAGCCUUGGCUACAACUAUGGCAGUCCCGUGCUUGGUGGACAAGCUCUUGCUGGACCCAGUUAUGGUGGACAGGCUCUUGCCGGACCCAGUUAUGGCGGACAGGCUCUUGCNGGACCCAGUUAUGGCGGACAGGCUCUUGCUGGGCCAAGUUAUGGCGGACAAGCUCUUGCUGGUCCCAGUUACAGUGCUCCGGCACCAGUUCCCGAGCUUAACAAGGAAUUCUUCAGCUACACUGCACCCGAGCAUGAGUUCAAUGAUGCCGGGGAUGCCGGUGACAUCGCUAAUGUGCUGAAGAAAAACGUGCGUGUUAUUUUCGUUAAGGGACCACAGAACUCUGCACUCGAGAAUGCCGCUGUGCAAUUGUUGGCUAAAAACGCUGUUGAGGAACGUACCGCCAUCUAUGUGCUGAACAAACAAGCUGACAUCGGUGAUUUGGCCAACAAACUGAACUCAGUCGAUCAUCGUAACGCAUACAAACCAGAAGUACACUUCGUCAAGUAUAGGACACCAGCUGAUGCUGAGAAUGCCAAGCAAGCUAUUCAAUCGCAAUAUGAUGAUUUGGGUGGUAAUACUAGCAGCUUCAGUGGUGGUGUCGCUCCAGUUUUGGAUUUCGCUUCAAAGCCAGUCGCUCCUGUAGCUCAACAGCCAAUCGGUAGCGUGGAUGGUGCUUAUCUGCCACCAAACAAAGUUUAAUAAAUUCACUGGCGUCUAAUGCUAUAGAUUUAUCAAACGAUUUGUUAAAUAGUAAUUAAGUCCAGAUGUUCCUUGUUAACUAAAUGUAUAAGUUUCUUUAUAAAUAAAAAAAAAAAUAUGUCUUUAAGUAUAUCGAAUUAAAA